AAGCUGUUUGCCAACCGCCAUAAAAAUCAAAAGAAGAAGAAGAAGAAGAAAACGACUGACUGGCAACCGUAAUGGCAAGCGGAACCUUAAUGAGACAGGUGUUUCCAGUCGGAACUUUAUAGUGUGACAUCCAGCCGUUGCUCGGUAGCGUGGUGUGCAGGUAAUUAUUUUAUCGGUUACCAAGAAACAAUGUCUUCAGUUGAGGGUUUGAGAGAGUUUGUCAACGAGCGACUAUCUGCUGCUGCUGAAGAAAUAUUCGGAGUUUUUAAAAGAAGCAUCGUCGAGUACCAGGAAGAGAUCGACCGGCAGCGCGGACUGUUGGAUGUUUUAUUGAAACCCAAAGUGAGGUUACACCGGAUAGAGCUCCCGCAGUCACGUGUCUGUAAGGAGGAGGAGGUUCUCUGUGACCAGCAGCUCUGUCUCCAGGAGAGGAACCCCAGUCUGGACCAAGAGGACCCAGAUCCUCCACAGAUUAAAGAGGAACAGGAGGAACUGUGCAGCAGUCAGGAGGGAGAGCAGCUUGAACCGAAGCAGGAGGCCGACACCUUUACGUUGACUCCCACUAGUGAGGAAACUGAUCACAGUGAUGAUGAGACUCCGUUUUUGAAUCCUGACAGAAGUCAGAGUGAAUCAGAGACAGAGCCUCCAGCUAGCACGUGUACCAGCUGGUUAGAUGAGGAAAUAGACUGUGAACGUUUUGUGGUACCAGAACCAGACGACAACAACAAGGAGCCACAACAGCAGAUUCUGGCUACUCCAGGUGACAAGACAUUUUUGUGCGAAACAUGUGGAAAAUAUUUCCAACAUAAAAAAAGCUUGUUGGCCCACGUGAAAAGAUUCCACAGUGUUGAUCAACCAUAUGUAUGCAACACCUGUGGGAAAAGAUUUGUGGAUAAAUCUGUAUUUGAGAUUCAUAAAAGAGUCCACAGUGAUGAGAAACCAUUUCCUUGUCAAAUAUGUGGAAAAUAUUUCAAAUUGAAAAGAGGCUUAAAAGCCCACAUGAUAAUCCACACUGGGGAAAGACCGUUUUCUUGCAGCAUCUGUGGGAAAAUAUUCGCUCGGAAAUCCCAUUUGGAGUAUCAUGUGAGAAUUCAUACUGGGGAGAAGCCAUAUUCCUGCAUCACCUGUGGAAAAACAUUCACUCACAUAUCUGCUUUGAACUCUCAUAAAAAAAUCCAUACUGGGGAGAAGCCAUAUUCCUGCAACACUUGUGGGAAAGCAUUUCAUACCACAUCACAUUUGAAGUAUCAUACAAGAAUCCAUACUGGGGAGAAGCCAUAUUCCUGCAGCAUCUGUGCGAAAACAUUCGCUCAGAAAUCAAAUUUGAAGUAUCAUACAAGAGUCCAUACUGGGGAGAAACCAUAUUCCUGUAAAUUAUGUGAAAGAGGUUUCAGAUUUUCUAGUAACUUACUUGUCCACAUGAGACGAAGCCACAAGGAUGAAGCGUCAUAGAUGCAACUCCUGAGAGGAAGUAUUCUGAGCAAUUGUUAAGAUUAGAAAGCCAUUGAAGCGUUUUAUUAAAGCUGUGUGAAUUUCCUGUUAGUUUUUGGUAUGGAUAUGUGUAUGCAUGCUUCACCAAUAUCUACUCUGGCUAGAUAUGUAUAAUACAUUGAUAUAAUAAGGUAAA